ACUCUCGGCCUCAAAGUCGUCGACAUCAACGCCGUCAAACCUGAACGAGCAAACGUUUGUGCCCAUCUUCAUAUCGGCAAGGAAAAUUCCGGUCUUGUGUUUGAUGUAGAGAGUGCUGAGGCGAUGAAGGAGCUGUACUCCAAGGCGUCGUUGACGAUGGCCUCGGACAGGAUCAUGGGGCUUUUGUUUGCACCGCCUGGGGUGGAAGCUGGGGGAAUUGCUAGGGAUGCGAAUUGGCCUUUUUUGGAUGAUGAUGUUGGAGGUGGACAUACGAAGGAUGAAAACGUGAAGGAGGAGAAUGUGAAGGAGAGUAGGGAACAGGGUCCGUCAGAUGCUCAUACUCGACUUCCUUUGCAUUUGAUGGAGCUUAACAUCAAGGAUUGA